AGAUCGCCUUAGGAAUAAUAAGCCAGUAUUUCGUGCUCUUCAAGCGAAAUCUGAUAAUAUUGCUCCAGGAGAAACUAAAGAACGAUGGACAAGGAUUCUAGGAUUAUUGGGAUCUGGUGUUCAUCCCAGUGCACAAGCUAUACUUGCUUGUAAAGAAUUAUUUAGUAAAGAACCCUACAGUUUAGCCAGUCUGUCUCGUGCACAUAUGGGACAUUUACUGAAGAUGCAUGGAUUAAGGAGCACUUUGUUCAGGAGAAAAAAAUUAAAAUACAAAGCACGUCUAAUUUUGGAAAUGGACAAAGCAAUUGUAAGGGAAGGUGGUGUGGGAAAUUUAAGUACAGAUUCAUUAAGAAAUGCAUGUCACAUCCGCGGUUUAAAUAGUAGUCAUUUAACCAACCAAGGCAUGAGAGAUUGGCUUCAACAGUGGAUAGAUGUAUCUCAAAACAUAGAUGCAAACACGUAUUCUUUACUACUUCACUGCCCUAUAUUGUUUGCUUACAAUCAUCCCCAAAAUUGGGUGCUUAUUUAUUAGCAAGGAUAAAGUUGGGGCCAAAAUAUGAGUAUGGAUGUAAGGAGCUUAUAGAUUGGUGGGUAAACAUGUAAUCGGCCGAUACACAACGUGACACCAAUUGCAAUAUUAGAAAAAAAAAAAUUUUUCACAGUGGUGUUGUUAAUUUUUUUUAAGUUUCACCUAUUUAAGAACACUUGAGUUAUUGAGAUAAAUCUAACGAUGUCCUGAUUACGUAAAUCCGUUCAGUGGUUUGGAAGAUAUGAGGUAAAAAAGAAUAUUACAUACAUAUAUACAAGAUACGCGCGAAAAACAUAACCCUUCUUGCAGUCGGGUAAAAAUACAACCCGGCAUUUUAUUUAAUUUGAAGCGCUGUGACACAACCUAUCUUUCUAAAUGUCAAAAAGCUACUAUUGAACGGUUCCUCCCAUAUCAGCAUUGGGAGGAAUUAUCGUGCGCCAUUUUUAUGAAGUGUACAUACUAUACUACGUAUACUAUAGUAUGCGCGUUAUCAUCUGAGUCGUCCGGUCAUAAAAGUCAAAAAAGAUAGGAAUGUGCAGCGCGCCUACCUGCGCACCCUAAUUAUCGAUAAACGGCUACCUGCGCACGUGCUAAUGAUGAGUCAAUAAUGAUUUGGACGAUUCUGAUUGGUCGGUUUCUAAUGUAAUUGCAUUGCGUAUUUUUUUUUGCUAUAAAUGUGUUUACUGCAAUUAAAUAAAUACAUUCAUGUGUUACUCGUUGCGCACUAUGGAUACUUUAUUUUCUAACGUUGAUCUGAAGAAAUUACAUGGCGAUAUUAGCCCUCAAGCUCGAACACUGAUUCACAACGUAUUCCUGUUUCUCAAUGAAUUGAAAAGUGAUCCGAAUAAAGUGGCUUCUCUAAAUUUCAACAAACCACGUGAAAUGGCCGCAUUUGUUUGUGGUGUGAGCAGAGCGACAGUGGACCGAAUCAAGACGGAAGUAUCACAAUCAGGCAGUACCUGUAUACCAAGAACAAAUUUUAAGAAACCACAAACCGUCACUAAUAUUGACGAUUUUGAUAAAAGUGUGUUGAAGCGAACUGUAGCUUCAUUUUAUGAGAAUGGAGAGUAUCCAUCCGUGGCGAAAAUUUUAGAAAAAUUCCGUGAACAAUUACCCGAUUUUAAAUGCGGCAACACUUCAAUGAGAAUACUACUGAAGGAGGUUGGGUUCCAGUAUAAGAAAAAUAGCGAAGGACGUAAAUAUUUAAUGGAAAGAACUGAUAUUGUUUGUUAUAUAAUAUGAAAUAUGUAUUAUAUUAAAUCAAAUAUUGUUAAUUUUUUUAAUUUUGUGAACAAGAUACGAUAAUAAACUUUACUUAUCGAUAAUAUGUCUUUCAUUGUUACACCCUUCACUAGACGGCUCCAUAAGACCCAUAAGUGCAAGCGAGAUAAAUAUAGAGAAAUGAUUUAUGGCCCUAAGACUCAGUUGUUAACGCGCGUACCAUAGUUUUGGAUGUAGCCAACGGGCUACAUCCAAAACUAAAACUAAAACCAAACUGUCUUCCAAAAAUAGAUCAUGUUUAGGUACUGGUAUUGAAAUAAAUUACUUACUUUACUUAUUUUUUUAGAAUGUUGGUGUUUUAUUACAAAAUAAAUAUUUGUUUCCA